AUGAAACGAAUUCUUCUGUGUUUUAUCCUGGCUGCUGCUGUUAUGUAUGGUAUACUGCAUGGAAAUCUGUGGAGAAACAACCUCUACUGGAUUAGCUUUUAUGGACAGACUUCCUCUGUGAGGGCUCCUCCUUCCUAUGAGACUAGUGGAGUUACCCAGUUGCCACCUACAGCAGUGGAGAGAAGGAAUGCACUGGAUACUUGUCUUCUGAAACCAGCAUUUGAACCUUUACUAGGUGCUGACAAAAUAUACCCAUUCCUGUGUGCUAAUGAUUUUAUCAGAGUGGCAGAGUUCCAUGGAAGUGACAAAUUUGAACUGCCUUAUGGAAUAAAGAGAGCAGAGCAAUUUUUUCGUUUAGCCCUUUCAAGGCUGCAGAACUGUGGACUCUCCGAUCAAGAUGAUAGCAUUGCCUGCCGACGAUGUGUGGUGGUUGGUAAUGGAGGAGUCCUUCGAAAUAAGACCUUAGGGGAGAAAAUUGACUCCUAUGACGUGAUAAUAAGAAUGAAUAAUGGCCCUGUUAUAGGGUAUGAAGAGGAUGUUGGGAGGAGGACCACUUUCCGUCUUUCUUACCCGGAAUCCAUCUUCUCGGAUCCCAUCCACUACGACCCUAACACAACUGUUGUUAUUAUUGUCUUCAAACCACGUGACUUGAAGUGGCUUUGGGAGAUACUAAGUGGUCAGAAAAUAAAACCCAAGCACCCAACCACGGGGCUCAUUGCCAUCACACUAGCAUUUCACAUGUGCCAUGAAGUUCACCUGGCAGGCUUCAAGUAUGACUUCACUGACAGAAACAGUUCUUUGCACUACUAUGGCAACGAAACUAUGUCUCAGAUGAUGCAGAAUGAAUACCACAACAUCAACGCUGAGCAGAAAUUUUUGAAGAAGCUUAUAGACAAGAACUUUGUGGUCAAUUUGACAUGA